AUGUAUAGAACAACUAGCGACUAUAUAAAUAACCAUUCAGAAAUAAUAACGCUAUCAUGUGUCAAUAAACAGUGGUUCCAAUGCAUAAGAAGCUAUCUUAUUUUAAUAUUCAACUUUAAAAACUAUAAAUUGUUAAAAACAUUAAUCAAAGACCACCCUUUUAGCCUUAUCAAACCUGAAAAUGUCCCAAUUAGAAAAUACAAAUCACUGAGGGAAUAUAAAAUGACCAGUUCAAGUAAAGAUCACUAUACAAAAAUUUUAGUCCAUGUUUAUGAAGAUGAAACAGAGGAAUUACUGUUUAACUCUAAUGAUACCUUCCCUAACAAUAUCAAAUUUAAUUUGGAACUUUCAAUGGAUGUAUCUCAAAUUCAAACAAUAAAAGAAAAUAAACUAAAUGAAAUUAAUAAAAGAAUUCGAAUAAAGAAAUUACUGCUUUAUGGUAAUUGUGGUAAAGAUCUUACAGGAAAAAUAUUAGAAAAAGUAUUACUUUUAAACCCAGGGCAGAUUGUAUAUCAACCUUUUGAUAAUGAACAUAUUUCAAUUGAUAUUUCAAGCUUUUUCGAAUCCCCUACUUUGAGACUCAUAGAGUUUGACGUAGUUGAUCCAUAUGCAAUUGCAAAAAUAAACAACAACUCCACUAGUUUAAAAUCAUUACUAGUAUCAAUAAAUCUCAAUGACUAUGUAAGAAUAUUUAAUGGAAGAGCUCCAAUCAACACUGUAAAUAUAUUAAACUCGGUCGAACAAGACUGGAGCUCAAUGGUUCAAACUCUAUCAAAUAAUAAAACAAUUAGAAGAUUAUCUCUAUUUCCAAAUAAUUUACAAGGCAAUGAUAUAGAUUUUACAAGCGAUGAGAAAAAUGGGGAACAUGCACUAAACCUAUCUUAUGUCACCAGUGGUAUUAAAACAAUUUUAACAAGCACAUCAUUAGCCAUUGAAACUUUAGAAAUUAGCUACUUUGAUGGAUAUAUUCAAAAUAAUAUAUUUUUAGAAGGCCUCAUUCGAAAUAAAACCAUCAAGGUACUAUCUCUUUUUUCCACCAGUAUUUCACCAAUCAUUUCAGAAGUUUUACCCCACAAUAAAACAAUUAAAAAUAUAACUUUUAGAUGCGACAAUAAUGCAUACGGGACCAUUCUUGAAACAUUGGAACUAUUAAAUUCAAACUCAAAUGUAGAUUUAUUUUCAUUAACCUUUUAUAUUACCCGACAAAAAGUGGGAUUCAAUGCUAUAUAUGACUACCUAUCAAAUAAAUUUUUGCACCACUCUAUUAAAGAAUUUAAUUUUUAUUUAACAAGGAAAAUCAUAAUAGAUAAAGAUAUAUCAAAUGUUUUUUUAAUAAAUAAUUCAGAAACAAUUGUUAAUUUAUUUAAAGAAGAUAAUAUUUUUUAA